AAAAUGAGCACGUCAACUCUUGAUCAUUUUAGAAAUGUACUUCUGAAGUUUUUUAGAAUAGAAAUUUAUCAGCAUUCAACAGCUUGGACAGAUGGCAUAAAGGUAUAGAAUUAAGCACUACGGAUGGCAUUGUGUUUCGAUUCUACGAAAAUCGUGGUUCCAUGCCAAUACCAUUUGAUGGAUGUCCGUUCGUGCAAUUGGGAACAGAAGUAAGAGAAUGCCACUACGGUCCUAAUAGGAAGGAAAGAAAGAAAGCUCAGCCGAAUGAUCCCGAACAUGCAUACGCCGGUGGCAAGAGGAAAAUAAUUCAAAACACAAAGAAACACGGCUGUUGCUGCCAGAUUCGAAUGAAAACCAUCUUGCGGUUCCCAGACUAUAAGCUUGAAGGCACAGACACAAGGCGGAAAAGACAGGCUGUCAUAGAUCGGCUAAAAUCAGCUGAAGUCUCUUCUUUGAGAGGCGAAGUGUGUGUUCUUGUUGCCUAUGUUGGAACCCACGAACAUCACGUAAUGGGCGAGGAGGCUGGCUAUGGGCAGCGCCUGGACAAAGAGAUUUUGCAAAAGAUAAAGGAACUUGCAAUGAAGGAGGGCAUAACAAAUGCCACUGAAAUGAAAAGCCACAUAGCAUUGUUUGUGAAGAGCAAGUACAGUCACAUUCCCAAGUCAAACAGAAGAUUUCAUCCAACUAUGCAGGACCUUCGAUUCCACAUAUCUUCUGCUUUGAAAAGCAAUAUACACUGUUAUGAUGAUCAGGGAAAUUUGACUGCUUUAAUUUCUGAAUGGAAGAAGGAAUCUCCUUCAGACAAUUUCCAUUUUCGUCCAAGUGGAAUUUCAUCAGAGGGUGUUCCGCAAACAUUGCUAUUUGUGCAUCAAUCCGAAUUCAACGAAAAAUGUUAA